CAUACCCUACAGCGAACAAGAGAAGAAAGUUCCCGACUCACUCGCGAAUAUCGAAAAAGGUCACGCAAUCGCUAAGUGGACAAAUCUCAUGAGAGCUUUGAAUCGUUCGGUAGUAACCUCACUCACAAUCAGCGCUAACCAAAAGAAAAGGGGAAUUCUUAUUCGAUCCAUCUCUAGCUCUCAAAUGGCGUUGGACAAGGGGAGAGUUUGUGUUACGGGAGCUGCUGGUUUCAUUGGUUCCACGGUCGUCAAGCUUCUCCUUUCUAAGGACUUCAAAGUUCAUGGAACUGUUAGAGACCCUUUACUGGUGGAUGAGAGUUAUGAUCACUUGGAGAAGCUUGACAAGGCAUCGGAGAACCUGACAGUCUUCAAGGCCGAUCUACUAGAUUACAGCUCCCUUUACUCUGCAAUUGCAGGAUGCAAUGGAGUCAUUCAUAUUGCUAGCCCCGUUCCUUCCUCCACUACAACAAACCCUGAGGUGGAAGUUUUUGAGCCUGCAGUGAAGGGCACACUAAAUGUACUGAAAGCAUGCUUUGAAGCCAAGGUCAAGCGAGCUGUUGUUGUGUCCUCAGAAGGUGCCGUGUUAAUGAAUCCUGGAUGGCCCAAGGGUAAAGUGAAGGAUGAGACUUGCUGGUCUGAUAGAGAGUAUUGCAGAAAAACCAACAACUGGUAUUUUCUCUCAAAAACGGAAGCCGAAAUUCAAGCUAUGGAGUAUGCCAAAAAAACUGGGCUUGAUGUUGUUACCAUUUGUCCUACCCUAGUUUUGGGGCCAAUUCUUCAGUCCAGGGUGAAUGCAAGUAGCUUGAUUCUGAUUAAGCUUUUGAAAGAAGGUUAUGAGACAACGGCGAAUAGGCUCCGGAUGAUUGUAGAUGUGCGAGAUGUGGCUGAAGCAUUACUUCUGCUGUAUGAGAAACCUGAGGCUGAAGGCAGACACAUAUGCACAGCACAUCCCAUCAUGACCCGGGAUCUGGUUGAGAAACUAAAAAGUAUUUAUCCAAACUACAAUUACCCGAAGAAUUGCACUGAUGAGGAUGAUCAAGAACAGCAGACUUCAGAGAAGUUGCAGAAGUUGGGCUGGACUUUUCGGCCAUUGGAGGAAACCCUCAUUGAUUCUGUUGAAAGCUACCGAAAAGCUGGAAUCUUGGACUAAAAAACAUCUUUUUCCAUGUUUUCCUGCAAUGUUGUUUUUUUUUUUCCUCCAAUAAGAUAUGGCUCAAAUCUGUAAGAUAUGGGCUAAACCCGAGACAUUAUUUAGUCAUGUGGUUGUUCUUGGCUCUUUAGUACUGCUAUGUUUUUGCCGGAGGUCGUCUUAGUGGAGAGUGUUGCUGUUCUUGCUCUCUCUUGUUUGUACGAAUUUUGUGUCGUGUGGUGUACUUGAAUUGCAGGGAUUGGUUAAUUUCUGGCAUUCUUGUACAUCGUUCUUUUCAUAGAACUAUCAUUUGCAUCGAUUA